GCUCAAAUUUCAAUUCAUUGAAGAACGAAAUCUUCACCUUUGAUAGCCAUAAGUAAUUCCUUGUUGCUGUAGUAGAAGAGUUCUCUUGGAACGGAAUAGAGGGUGCCUAGUCUAUCAGUCGGUUAGGAUUUGCAUAAUUGACGUGGUAAAGGAUUAAUAUAUGGGUGUAAGUGUAUUUUGGCAUAACACUGUUUAUGUUUUCUCAGGUUGUACAGUACUCGGAUCGAUAGUCAAAUCAUUCGACUCCAGACUUGAACAAGAAAAUGACGUCUCGUGCGGUGCCGAGUAGUGUCUCCGCCUUAGGGCGCAUCGCGACUGGGACUUCGCCAGCGGCGUCUUCCUCGGCGACUCGGUGGUUCCUGCCAACGGCACAGAGGAAUUUCUCAUCCUCGCUUUUGUCCACAGCGACUUCUACUACGAACAGUGCAGGAGUGGGAGUGGGAGUUGCAGCAUCAAGGCACGACUUAUACAAUUCUCUGACGAGUUGUUCUGCUUCGAGAAGGGCCUUUGCCUCCACAGCCACCACCAAUAGUCCUCUAGAAACGACUAAAGAUGGAAUGCGACCAGCCUAUUUGGAUUACCAAGCAACGACACCUUUGGAUCCCAGAGUAUUGGAUUCGAUGUUGCCGUAUAUGACAGGUCGCUUUGGGAAUCCGCAUUCUAGAUCUCACACCUACGGAUGGGACACCGAAAAAGCGGUGGAAACAGCGAGAAAUCAAAUAGCGACUGCAAUUGGAGCGCGACCGGAUAAGAAAGAGAUUGUACUACUUUCUGAAUUUAGCUGGGAGAUGAUUGAAGAGUUUAGAGAAGGUUCCCUUGUUCUUUAAAUGCUUCGAAAUACAGUUGUUCUGAUUUUGUGUCGGUCCCAAAAAUGAAAUCGCAUCCUCCACUCCACUGUGUCGGUCCCAAAAAUGUCCCAGAAAUGAAAUCACAUCCUCCACUCCACUGUGUCGGUCCCAAAAAUGUCCCAGAAAUGAAAUCACAUCCUCCACUCCACUGUGUCGGUCCCAAAAAUGUCCCAGAAAUGAAAUCACAUCCUCCACUCCACCAGAUCUUCACCUCCGGCGCCACCGAGAGCAACAACUUGGCGCUGAAAGGCGCCGCCCAAUACCUAGCGUCCGCGAAGAAAAAGAAGCACAUCAUCACGACAGAGAUUGAGCACAAGUGUGUUUUGGCAAGUUGUAUUGAGCUCUCGAAGAGUCCGACCAAACCAUGGGACGUUACUUAUCUGCCUGUAGAUAAAGACGGCCUCGUGGAUCUGGAGCAAUUGAAGGCAGCGAUUAGACCGGAUACGGUACUACUGCUUUUUUUUAGACCCCGAUUCAUUGAUGAGAAAUAACUUGAUGGAUGUUCUUUAUUACCUUGCAUUGAAGAAAGCGAAGUAGCUGCUGGUGAAACUACACGACUGGAAUAAUAUCCAAUCGAUUUUCGUUCCUCAAAUCACGAAAUCUAAAAGCACUUCAAAAUCAAAAAACACUUCUCCUGACUCUCAGGGCAUUAUCUCUGUCAUGCAUGUGAAUAACGAGAUUGGCACAAGGCAGGACAUCAAAGCCAUUGGCCAAAUUUGCCGAGACAACGACAUCCUCUUUCACACCGACGCAGCACAGAGCGUUGGUAUAUGAUUUUCACCAGUGAAGAUUUCUUUAUGUUUCUGUUACGACGCUCUCUUUCAAGUAUUUGAAGAUUGCGGCAUGCUUACUCUCAGUUCCGAUUUGUUUCCCUACAAUCACUAAAAGUCUCGAUUUUCUUCUCAAGCCCUUCUACAGGUAAAGAGCCCAUCGAUGUGGACGAAAUGAACAUCGACUUGAUGAGUAUCAGUGGGCACAAGAUCUACGGCCCCAAGGGUAUUGGCGCCCUGUAUGUGAGGAAGGGGCAGGGAAGACGUGUCAGACUGCGUCCGAUCAUCGACGGUGGCGGUCAAGAGUUCGGAACGAGAAGUGGUACCAUAUCGAUAAGUAUCUUUUGCGCUCUACCUUCGUCCCGACAAGAGAAUGACUACACAAAAACAAUAAGAAUAAGAAUUCCGAUUCAAAGAUCAUUCCUAGACCACAUCUCGCACAUCAUCAAAAACAGGAACUUUGCCACCCCACCUCUGCGUUGGCUUAGGAGCGGCCCUUGAACUUGCCGGAAAAGAAAUGGAAAAUGACAAGAGGCAUGUCGAGAGACUGUCGAAACAUAUGCACAAAGUCCUGUCAGAACGGUUGGACGCGGUACUACUCACACUUAUUAUAGAUUGAAUAGUUGAACUUGUACUCAAUCCAUUUUCAGACUUUUGAAUCUCAACAUGAUUUCCACACAAAGCUCGUAUAUUCUUCAGUCCUCUCACUUCCUACCCCAAAUCUGAAUCUCCUCACAGGUCGAACUCAAUGGUUCUCUCAUCGAACGUUACCCCGGCAACCUGAAUCUUUCUUUCGCCUGCGUUGAAGGCGAGUCCCUUUUGAUGUCACUCGCUCAGUCGAUGUCCGUCUCUUCCGGUUCCGCUUGUACCAGUGCGUCGUUGGAGCCUAGUUAUGUCCUUCGCGCUUUAGGAGUUAGUGAAGAUUUGGCGCAUACGUCGUUGCGCUUCGGCAUAGGCCGCUUCACCACCAAAGAGGAAGUGGAUCAGGCUGUCGAAGCUAUCGUCGAAGCUGUGACCAGACUCCGAGACAUGUCCCCACUGUGGGAAUUGCACCAAGAGGGGAAGGGGGUUAAUGUGCAGUGGGGUUAAGCUGUUGCUGUGCAGUGGGGCUGAGUUGUCACUUUGCAGCCGGGCUGAGCUGAGGCUGUGCAGAGGAAUUAUGGGAAUACGUGCAGCUGUUCUACUCUCAAUGGGUGAAGCAGUACAACACUGCAAGCUGAGGGCGAAAGGCUCAUACAUGCGGCGAUGGCGAAAUGGAGCUCCACGUGAAGGCUUUAAGUUCAAAAACAGAUUUUGUUGUUGUCAAUGGCAGAGGAACUUUUUUUAUGCUUAAUGUCUAGCUUCAGUAUGAAGUAGUAACGACUUUCAUAAUCAAAUUUCAUUUGUGUGCAGACUGGAGGUGAAGCAGAUUGGUGCUACUCCUAAUCCUCGUAAAACUGGCAAUUAGUCACCAAAACGUUGCAACCGAGGAGCCCUAACGGACUACUGUUGUUUUCACAUUUUUUGUCAUCACUGUUAGUUCUCGAAGCAACUUGUGAGAAUUGGCGCGUUGUGGCUGUUCUUCCCAAAGACA